AAAGCAGAUCCGGAUGUGGUACAUUUCUAUCUGACUUAACAGUCAUUGUCCAGCGGCAGGGCGAGGAGUGAUUUGUUUUAUCUGCUUUUCUUUUUGUCUGUCACAGCUUCUUUAAAGCUGUAGUUAUUAUAUACAGGUAGUUGAGUAGGCGACUCGUUUUCAGCGUCUUAAGCAGUCGGUUCGGGUUAGAGGAAGUUUCCAGUAACUGUAGUCAGACUCCCAACGUUCCCACCUCCUCAGUCUGAACGAUGAGACCGAGGGGAUUUUAUGUUUAUCAUUUUUUUAGGAAGGAACGCAAGUCGAGGACAUGAAUUUAACUGACCGUUACGAGCUGCAAUGAUUGUUUACAAGAUGAAAGGAGGAAGAAGUGACUCUUGGCUUGUUCAAGAAGACCCAUUAUGAUAAUAAGGAAGCAGCUAAAAAUCUAUUUGGUGAUAACCUGUGGACCAAACAAGUGGAUUUUUUUUUCUCAUGUUUGUUAAAAGGCCUUUUAUGUGUUUACUUAUGGAGAACUUGGGAUGAGCCUCUCAACAUGCUAGCUCUGAGAGUGGAGCAGGACAGACGAGGGCUUGAUGAGGUCGAUCGCCUGCAAAAAGAGGCCACCACUAUUCAGCAGGGCUGGCAGUCAGGGAGGCCAGCUUUGCACAAGCAGCGUAUUAACAUUAAGGAGAAGAUCUCCCAGUGGGAGAGUCGGAGUCAGCAGAGCAGCAGCCAGGAUGCUGGAUUCAAAGUACACCCUCCCCUUGUAUCCAGAACUCUGUCAGGAGACCUACUGGGCAAUGGCGGUUCUAACAAAACCUAUGGAGUAGGGAAUCAUGCCAGAGAUAGCCGCGCAAGAGCAAAGAGUACGGAAUUGGAUUUUAGGGAACCUCCGGCACAUAAUGUGCACAAUGUUGCUGGUCGAAAGUCGGAACCAUUGAAGAAAUUUCCCACUCCAUUUUCAACCGCAUCUCCUGGAAAAAACAGCACAACACAAACUUUUGCCUCUUCUGAAUUAGAAGUGGACACUCUUUCUUCAGCCGAGCCAGUCUUUUCAGCCCAUGUUGAUUCAAAAGUGGAUUGCAUUCCAGACAUCUUAAUAGUCUCGAAGCCUCAACCUCCAUCAGCUGGCGAUCAAGAAGACAACAUGCCUGCUGGAAACUUCUACACUUCACGGGGUUUCUGGCGAAAACUCGAGGGGGACAGACUUCUCUGGGAGAACGGCAGAAGCAAUGCAGGUGAAUCCCGACCCCCACCCAAACCGCUGCGCACAUUCCAAUAUCGUGGAACCCACAACAUGAAGCACGCGGUGCAUUUGGACAGUGGAUCCCCUCAGAACAACAAUCACUCUAACCUGAGGAGCAGGAGGGCCGUAAAGCCUCCAAACUUCCCACCUCCGCCGUGUCCUGUAAUAAAGAGCGAAGGGCUAUCAAGGCAUAAAAAGAACAGGAAGUCCUUUGAGUAUGAAGAUGCAGCGAAUCUGACAGCCCAGCAGGGCACUGUGGGAAACGGAGACGUUCACCCUAACCUUUACCAUGCCUACUCUGAUGACAACAUUUAUGAGGAUAUUGUGUCUCCAGGUGAAGGGAGCAGGGAUUACCCCUAUGAGGAUGUCAAGCUGUCCACCAUGUGCCUUUCUGCAAAGCCUCCAGUUCCAAAGUUUCCUCACAAACGUCAAACCUUGCAUGGAUAUGCUGGAAAAGUGGAGAAGAAGGUAUUUCAGGCAUUGUCAGCGUCCACAUCUUUAACCUUUGCAGAAGCUUCAAAACCAGCAGCACCUCGUCACACGAGCAGUCAGAAAGUUCACAGGACUCCGCAGUAUAUCUCCAAGAUUGAGACCAUUUUUGAUGACAAGCGAGGGAGAAAAAGAGUGAAAAACCAAGGGCCCUUAGCACGAGCAGCAGAGGAGACCAGUGGGACAGAGAGCGACCCAGAGGACAACACCGAAGCAGGUUCCAGAAGAUCAGUUUACAUCCAGUCCACACUGAGACGACAGCCUGGAUACCGCACCCUGGAGAGGGACUUGAUUCAGCUGCAGCAGCAGAAGCAGCAGCUUUUUCAGAUCUUCGUGGUGGUGUCGCUAAGAAAAACCUCCACAGGAAACGCAUACUCUCCUGAAAUUACUCAACAGUUCCCAAAAUUGUUUGAAAAGUCGUCCCGGGUCUCCAGAGAAGCUGAAGAUCAACUGAAUGUGAUUCCUAAGUUCUGCUUCCCGGAUCCCCAGGACUGGAAGCCCUCUGCACACACACCAAGUGAGACCUUUUCCUUUGUCCUCACCGGAGAGGACGGGAGUCGCUGGUUUUGUUACUGCCGCAAGAUCCUGCCCAGCGGAAAGGGGAAGAGGCUUCCUGAGGUGCAUUGCAUUGUCAGCAAGUUGGGGUGCUUCAACCUGUUUGCAAAGAUUCUGGAGGAGGUAGAGCGACGCAGAGAAAUAUCCCCGGCACUGGUUUAUCCUUUUAUGCGCAGUGUGAUGGAGGCUCCAUUUCCAGCCCCCGGACGCACGGUUACCGUCAAGAGCUUCCUCCCCGGCUCUGGGAAUGAGGUCCUCACUUUGUGUCGACCAGUGGACUCCAGACUGGAGCAUGUGGACUUUGACAGUCUGCUGCAGUGUCUCACUGUUGGGAAACUCCUCCAGGUGUUCGCUUCCCUUCUGCUGGAGAGGAGGGUCAUCUUUGUUGCUGACAAGCUCAGUGUGUUAUCCAGAUGUAGCCACGCAGUGCUGGCGCUGCUGUACCCGUUCACCUGGCAGCACACGUUUGUCCCAGUGUUACCAGCAAGUAUGCUGGACAUCAGCUGUUCUCCAACCCCAUUCCUUAUAGGCGUUCUAGCACCAUGUUUGCCGGAACUGCUAGAGCUGCCCAUUGAGGAGGUGCUCAUAGUGGAUCUGUGUGCCGACAAGUUCGUCAUACAGCUCGGUGAUGAAGAUUGCAUCCUGCCCAGUAAACUACAAGCAGCUCUGCAGCAGAUCCUGGAGGACAGAGAGGAUAUUCUGAGACAAAACAACGGAGACACGUUUGGAGACCAGCAGGCCGACCUGAGCUCCCUGGUAUCUGAGGGUUUUGUCCGGUUCUUCGUGGAGCUGGUAGGCCACUAUCCUCUCCAUAUGGUGGAGUCCUCCAACGGAACCAAGGAACUUCAGCGAGAAAGCUUUCGCAAGUCUCACCCCUCACGUGGAGCCCGGCAGUUUCUGCAGCUCUUCAUGGACACACAGAUGUUUGCUGGUUUCAUUCAAGACAAAGAGCUGCGCAAGGGAGGAGGUAAACAAGGGCUCUUUGAAACCAGAGUGGCUGAGUAUCUGGAUUCUGGCCCGGAACCCGAGCCGAGCGGCGUGAACAAAUUUCUCAAAGGACUGGGAAACAAGAUGAAGCUCCUUCAGAUUAAAUAAGACCCAGUGUCAUCACUCAUAAGUGAGAGACUUUAUAUUUAAAAACAGAACUAGUGUUGCUCCUGAAUUGGUUUAGAGCAACAGAUGUGGGAAAGGCUCCAUGCUGGGUUCUGAAUGGGAGUUUUGAUAAAGGACCAAUCUCAUGUUUUAGACCUGCAUGUCUGACAGCCUUCACUUCACUUCGGAUACAAACCGGAAACUCUUGAAUAUUCCUUUUUUUUUUCUCCGAGCUGUUUUAUGAGAAUCAGGUGUUGUGUCUUUGUGAACGUCCACCAAUGUUUCAGCCACUGAAGUUCUCAACUUUAACCUGUGGUUGUGAUUAUGGUCUCCACUUGAAUGGAACUGUUUACUUGUAACUUUUCUUCCAUUUAGUCAGGAAAUGUAACUUAUCUGCCUUGUAAGUACUUUGUGAAUAAUAUGCAUGGUUCCAACCUGGAGGAUUUUAUUGUACCCUUUCAUGUAAAUUCUAUUAUUGUUGCUUUUCUUGCUACUAAAAAAACGUUUUCAGUCUUCAAGCCUGAUUCAGUUGAGGUCUAUUAACUCAGAGUAGAACAUUUUCUACAUGUAUGAUUUUGGACCUGCUGUCCUUGAAUUUCUACGUAAUAACUGGACCUUUUUUACAUUUUGCACAUGCUCGAAGCGGUUGUACAGAAUUUGUAAAAAUAUUUUUUUUUAUUAAAGCUGGACAUGUCUCUAGUUCUCAAA